UCUUCAUCCUGUUCCUCUAUGUGCCUUUCAGGAUCCUUUCAUAGCGUUUCAUCUUGACAAGACACUAGUAAGAAAGUACAUGAGCCCGCUCCUGAUUGGGGAGCUGGCACCAGAUCAACCCAGCUUUGAACCCAGCAAGAAUAAAAAGCUGGUAGAAGAUUUCCGUGAGCUCCGUGCGACCGUCGAGAAGAUGGGGCUUCUCAACCCCAACCGUGCUUUUUUCCUCCUGUAUCUGUGUCACAUCUUGCUGUUGGAUGUUGCAGCCUGGCUCACCAUCUGGUAUUUCGGAGCAUCCACGGUGCCUUUCCUCUUCUCUGCAGUGCUCCUAGGCACCGUCCAGGCCCAGGCUGGCUGGCUCCAGCACGAUUUUGGACACCUUUCGGUCUUUAGCAAGUCCAAGUGGAACCACUGGGUGCACAAGUUCGUGAUCGGCCAUCUGAAGGGAGCACCAGCCAGCUGGUGGAACCACCUCCACUUCCAACACCACGCUAAACCCAACUGCUUCCGAAAGGACCCCGACGUUAACAUGCACCCCUUAUUUUUUGCUUUGGGAAAAACACUCUCUGUAGAGCUCGGUGUGCAAAAGAAGAAAUUCAUGCCUUACAACCACCAGCACAAGUACUUCUUCAUCAUCGGUCCCCCAGCUCUGGUGCCUCUUUACUUCCAGUGGUACAUAUUCUACUUUGCCAUCCAGAGGAAGCAGUGGGUGGACCUGGCCUGGAUGCUGAGCUUCUACAUCCGAUUCUUUCUCACCUACUUGCCCUUACUGGGGGUGAAGGGUAUCCUGGGGCUUCACCUCUUAGUCAGGUUUAUAGAGAGUAACUGGUUUGUCUGGGUUACACAAAUGAAUCACAUCCCGAUGCACAUCGAUUAUGAUAAGAAUGUGGACUGGUUCUCUACCCAGCUCCAGGCAACCUGCAAUGUUCAUCAGUCCUUAUUCAAUGACUGGUUUAGUGGACAUCUGAACUUCCAAAUCGAGCACCACCUUUUUCCUACGAUGCCAAGACACAACUACUGGAAGGUGGCCCCUCUGGUGAAGUCCCUGUGUGCCAAACACGGCAUCAAGUACCAGUGCAAGCCCUUGCUCACUGCCUUUGCGGACAUUGUGCACUCUUUGAAAGAUUCAGGGGAGCUCUGGCUCGAUGCCUAUCUGCAUAAAUAAGAAGCAGUGGAUCCUUACAGAGGAAUUCCCCACCCUUGUUGCCUCUUGUGGUGAUCACCAUGAAGACACUGCGCAGAGGAGAAAGAGCUGGCAAAGCCAGAGAUGGGGAGGUGGCACCGCUUAAUUCCGUUGAUGAAUGUGAUUAAUAUGAUUUUAUUUUUUUUUUUUUUUAAAGAUACGUUUCUUAAUUCUUCUUGUGCUUCUUUCAUUCCUCUUCUCUGGUGCUGGGUUACAGGGAAAAGCUGAAUGGAGGAGGUGUUUUGUUCCACCAAGCUGGAGGCAGCUGUGGGACUGGGAACAGAUUCCUUUCUGUCUGCUGAUACGUGAUUUGCUGAGUAUCUAGGAGGGAAGUCUCUUCUCUAACAUAGGCUUUUGCGAGGUGGCUCUCAGGAAGGUAGUAAGAAAGUUGAGACAGUAUGAAAUCAAAGAACACGGGAGUUAGUGAAAUGUGGAAGCAAUAAGGAAUUGUGUAGGUAACAGUGUUUUCAAAUACCUAUUUGUAAUUAACAAUGGCAAUAGAAGUGCCCAAACCAAGGGAGAGUGGGGAGGACGUGAGAGCCCAAACCAAUUUAUGUGUGCGUGGGUGAGAGAGAGAAAGGUGCAGGCAGCAGUUCUGUAGGAAUAAUCAUGAGGAAAAAUAUACAAUUAGAGCCCUAAUUAAGGUAGAGAAACAGGAAAGUGGAGGUUAUUCUGCAGGCAUGUAGAUGGGAGAUCUCGGCAUGCCAUGUUCUGUGGCAUCUCUUCUCCCAUCUCUUCUGUGGUGAAGAUGCUCGUUGGCAACCUCCCAUGGAGUCUCUGCAAGGGGUUUCCACAGUGCCGUGCUUCUGGGUGUUACUGGACCCAUUACUGAAAUUCCAAAGGGAACAGAACUAUGGCACGUCCAUACUGGUGAUCCCUAGAAGGGCGAGGAAGGAAGUGAAAGGGUAAUCGGUCUGUGGUCACCUGAAACUUCACUCUUUUUGGAGUGGUUCAUUAAGUGGAGAGAACUCAUGACUUCUGGCCCAUGAAGCACGAGCUGCAGACAAGUUUAACAAAGUUAUAAAAGUGUUAGGGGUUGGGGUACAGUUUCAAUGUGCUUGACUUCGAUUGGCAGAAGUCAGCACACCCACAGGCAGCCAUCAGCCAAUACAUUGCUGGUCUUCCUCUGUUGGAUGAUGUGCCUUCAAAGCACACCCCACGAGGGCCUGUACUCUGUCAUUUAUUGGAAUGGGAAUUAGCCUUUUUGCAUUUCCUGGUGUCUUUUCAUUUAUUGCAUCAACAUUACGGGUGCCAAACAGAAGAUAGCAUCUGGCAUAAGCACUAAUGAAGACGGCUCCAUCACCAUGUCACCUCAGUGACAUCAGGGGUUUAGUCUCCAAGCAGGAUGGGUUGAUUUUUGAGGAACAUACAGUACUUUUUCUAAACGACAUCCAAAAAGAGGGUGGCUUGUGAGGCAAUUGAAGAAAUGCAUCUUCCCAGGCCAAGAGUGGUGUUAAGCACAGGGUAAAAUUGUAAUGGAAAUAAUAAAAUAAUCAUUAAAUCAUUGAUACCUGUUGAUAAAGACCAUGAAGAAAAUGGGCCUUAGUUACUCUUUUACCUUCCUUUUUCCUGCUCUGUUUCUUUCCCUCUUAUUAUUUGAACUGUUGAUGGAGGAAAGUCUAAUAAUAAAAUUAUUUGUCUUACCCAUUA